UUGUUGGGUGGACAAAGUCAUGCAAAAGCAAAACAACCGGCGAGUCUUUUUCUACCCGAUCAGUUUCUCACCGCGCUUCCAUUCAAAUUCCGCAAGCCAUUUUUCCAUAACACUAGACACUUUCCGACGAGAUAUUUACCGUCCGAUCACCGGGAAAGAACGACUAUUCGGACAGACAUCACUAGGUCUGCCACUUCAACUCAAAUUCGAGAUCCCUUCAGAGUUUCUAGCCACCUCCGACUUAGAAACAUGCCGUCGACACGUGUCUUUUGUUUUAGCGGAUGUUGAGCCAAGGAUCCGGGAGAUUCUGGUUUUGUACGGCAUUCAACUGAUCGGAGAAAGUAGAGGAAGAGCUUUCGAGCUCAAAGCUGAUGCGGAAGAUGUUGAAUAUCACUUGAUGGAAGAAAGUAAAAGCUGGACUACUUGUAUCCCGGCCAAAUCGAUUAAUCCGGUCAACGAAUGUACUAUAUGCCUUGAGGAUUUAUGCGACGACGAAGAAUCUAUAGAGACACAUGAUUGUUGUCAUUCACGUGACCAUUAUAGAUUAUCCACGUGUUGUCAAUCUGUCUCUUUUACGAGGGCGAGCGAGUCGCCGCCGUCAGAAGCUUCCUUUCCGCUGUCUGAAUCGGUUAUGGAGGACGUGCUAGCCACGGCAGAGGGAGAGGUUUUAGUAAAGCUGGUGAAGUUAGCGCAAAAGCUAGGUUUAAAAGGCAAACACGGAUCAUGGAAGGAGUUUUUAGAUUUUUACGACAAACAGCUAGGUUCUUCGAGCUUGAGUGAUCCUUCAAAGCGGCGCAAAGAUGAUUUGGUCGCUUUUCUUACUACACUCAAGAAGAAAGAAGAUUUACAGCUGUUGGCUAGAGCUCUGAAACUUGACAAUGAUGUUUUUGAGAAAUUCAGAAAGAAAUCUCCGGAUGAGACCACUGAGCAGAGGCUAGUUCGAAUGACUCUUACGCAUGAUGAGUACCCAUUAGACUAUUUGUUCCCAUCUAACGCCCAGGAUUGGGUUAUAACAGGGCUUGGGAAGAAAAAGAUGGAACCAACCAAGAUCGAAAUGAUUGCCAUUGAUUGUGAGAUGGUUCUUUGUGAAGAUGGGAGUGAAGCUGUUGUUAGAGUUGCUGCAGUUGACCGUGAUUUAAAGGUGAUUCUUGACGAAUUUGUGAAACCGAAUCAACCAGUUGUUGACUAUAGGACAUUCAUUACUGGACUUACUGCUAAAGAUCUUGAAAAGGCUACUCUAUCUGUGGUAGAUAUACAGGAAAAAUUGCUGAUGUUUCUCUCUGAGGAUACAAUUUUGGUAGGUCAAAGUUUGAACCAUGAUCUAAAAGUAUUGAAGAUGGAUCAUGCCAGAGUAAUAGAUACUUCACUUGUGUUUAAGUAUAACUAUGACGGUACAAGAAAGCCGUUAAGACUUAAAAGACCUUCUUUGAAUUAUCUGUGCAAGUGUAUAUUGGGAUAUGAAGUGCAGAAAGAAGGUGUUCCCCACAACUGUGUUCAUGAUGCAGAAGCUGCGAUGAAACUUGUACUUGCUAUACUAGAUAAUGGAGUCGAGACCUCUGUUCCACUAUCUAAAGAGAUGUUGGAAGCUGAGAAGUCAAAGCUCUACCUUCAUAGAAUCCCUUGCAAUGUUCCAUAUGAAAAGUUAAAUGGAGUCGUUUCCAGGGAUAUCCCACAUGAAGUUAAGCCAUCGAAAAAACAAGAUCGUCACUACUAUAACGCGACUGUUGUUUUUAAAAGUCCAGAAGAAGCAAAUCAAGCAUUUGAAAACAUUGCUGGAGACUUGGGAAAGGAUUCGACGGGUUUGUCACAGAAACAGGUCUUUCUAGAGCCGAAUUCUUCAGAACCUAGAUUAUAUGUUCUCGUUCGUAAAAUGGUCGAAGAUGAUUUGGUUGGGGAAAUCACUGCAGAGGAGAAGAAUGCGAGUUCUAAGAAACGGAAGAGAGAAUUUCAUUCUAAAUAGACCAGUGAGAGACGCAGAUGUAAACCAUUGUCUAGAAGAAAACAGAGAAGCAAUGUGAAACGAAGAAGAUAAUAUAAAGGAAAAUCAAGA